AUGUGGGAACAAGUCAACAAGAUUAGAGGCUCUGAGAAAUCACUCAACACAUCAACCGUGCAGCAUAUUGAUGCCAACACACUCAACACCCACUUUGCUUCCAUGUCAACCAACCAGUCCUACAAAAUUCCACCAACAAAAGCUACUACAAUCAAUAGUCAUCAACAUCAACAAUUUACACCAUACUCAGUCCUGCACAUGCUAACGAAGGCUUGCCAAUGCGGUACAGGCUUUCAAACAUUUCACGCACUCAAAACACUCCGUUCACAUGGUCUCAGAGGCGUCAAAUUAUUCGACAUCACCGAAUCACUCAUCAUCUCACGCAUCAAAUAUGCAGCUCCCUCCUGGUCUGGUUUUGCCACGCAACAACAACUUCAGCAGCUACAAUCUCUCAUCAAAAAACUAAUAACAAGGAUGUGCGGUUCAACAGGCUGCAGAAGUCCUUUGGGACUUAGCAGGACUAGGUUAUUGAAAAUUAGUAUGAAGCUAGAAAACCGUUAUGGAACUAGUGGUCACGAGGAGUCGUAUAGAUAUGAGUUGCAGACUCUUCGACACAAACCGGUCAAAGUUGGCGAUACAGUUGACAAGAGAUUUUUUUCUGCUCUCAUUGACGCCGAUUUAGAACUAAAAGUUAGAGAAAGGGAACCAAGAAAUAUUGAUGAUUCGUUAAGAAUUGCACAGCGCCUUGAAGUUUCAAAAAAUUUAGUUAAUUCAUCCUACAAGUUUAUUCCACGGGUUAGGAACAUGCAGGACACAACGGAGGAUAGGAUGAAGGCAGUGGAGCGCCAAAUUGACUCGCUUCGUCAAUCGCUUGACGUUCUUCGAGAUCAUGAGGUAAGGCCAACGGUUCCUCAGGUAAGGGGUGAAAAGGUAAGGAAAUCGGGUGUAUAUGUUGCUAGGACGCUGCUUCCGAAGGAAUACGAUGGUCAAUGCGUCAGGGUAUUAAACUUAAAGGACGAGUCCAGGCUGAUUAAACAGGAAACGCGGCGUAAUAAAAUAUUAUCUUUUUUCCCACUUGAAUCUCGACCCGUUUCGUUUACAAGCUCCCAGAAAAAAGGGAAGAAAUCGAGAGAGAAGCAGACAUAA